GGGGCGGACUCCGAGCGGCAGCGACGCAAGAUGGCGGCGACCACGGGCUCGGGAGUAAAAGUCCCUCGAAAUUUCCGGCUGUUGGAAGAACUUGAAGAAGGUCAGAAAGGAGUAGGAGAUGGAACAGUUAGCUGGGGUCUUGAAGAUGAUGAAGAUAUGACACUUACAAGAUGGACAGGAAUGAUUAUUGGACCUCCAAGGGUGGACCCAAGAGCCAUAUCCGUGCUAGCAAAAUGGCAGAAUUCAUAUAGCAUCAAAGUGGUUCUGCAAGAGCUUCGACGUCUAAUGAUGUCUAAAGAAAAUAUGAAGCUUCCUCAGCCGCCUGAAGGACAAUGUUACAGCAAUUAAUCAAAAAAAAAAAAUCUUCCCCCUUUAUUCAGUUUUAAGCUGUCUUCAUUUUCCACAGUAGUAAAUUUUCUAGAUGCAUCUUGUAGACCUCAAAGUACUGGAAAGGAAGUUCCCAUUCAAAAGCGAUUUAUCUUAAGAUACUGUAAAUGA